AUGAUCCGAAAGAAUGACCUAUCUGAAGUUGAACAUACGUUCCGCAAUAUCGUUCCUUUGCUGGAUGCAAUGAUAGGAAAAGAUUGCUAUUUUUGGGCAAAAUACGGUGAACAAUCACUGGAAGCAACCGCCAUACGCCGAAAUAAAGAAAGAGACCCAAACGACCAGCUCCGGGACUUAUGGGUGAUUGCAGGAGAUCAUUUGACGGGUGUAGAUAUAAGUGAAUUGGUAUUGUGGGGUCUGAUAGUGGUUGGUCGCAAGAUUCGGGUGUAUGCUUUUGCCUCUUCCGGUUUCCUGUUUCAUUUGAUUUUGAUGUAUGAGGCUUUACUCCCUUCUUCUCGUGAAGACCUAUAUAAUUUGGAACUUGCAUAUCUCUUAUUAAAGGAAUACAAAAAGAAGUUAGAUGAAAUGAAAAAUAUGCUUAUUGAACUCAGUAAGAAGAAGGUUAAGCUAGUUACCAGAAAGAGAAAUUUAGAGAAACCAAUGGGAGAUAAAUUAAUAAAGAAACCAAAAAUUAUAAGUACACCUGAGAAAGCACAAAAUAAGCAAACAAUUUUUCCUUAUCAUUAA